AUGCACCAUAAAUCAUUAAGGAGAGCUAGCGCUAAUAUGCCUUCGGCUCCCUAUAGAAAGCAAGUUAUUGGCAAUGCACGCAAGAAACCAAGCCUUUUCUCCAAAAUAAAAACCUUUUUUACUCAAAAAGAUCCAAUGAGAGCAAGUUCAAGGAAUAAUGUUACUAAUGAAAAAUUGCGCAAUGAGGCUUUUAACAGAAGAAUCUCAAGUAUGCCUGGAGGAUAUUUCCAUUCUGAAAUAUCCCCGGAUUCUACUUUCAACCGCUCUGUAGUAGUUUCUGCAAUGGGAGAAAACAGAAAUGGCAUUGAGAACAAAGAAGAACGGUAUGAUGAAACGCAUGAAACGAACGUUUCCAACGCGAAGCUUGCAACCUUUUUUAGUAAAAAAGGUAAUGAGCCUUUAUCGGAAAUUGAAAUAGAGGGUGUGGUGUCACUGUUACAAAAAUCAAGCAAAUCCAUGAUAACAUCGGAAAGAGAACAAAAAUCAGCAGAAGGUAGUAACGUCGAUCAGUCCCUUAUUUUGAAAGAGUCAGGAAGUACGCCAAUCGGCCUAUCUAAUGCGCCGACGUUUAAUCCGAAAUAUGAUACUUCAAAUGCUUCAAUGAAUACAACUUUAGGAAGCAUUGGCUCAAGAAAAUACAGUUUUAACUAUUCCAGUCUACCCUCUCCAUACAAAGCAACUGUUUAUAGGUAUAGCGCAGCAAAAAAGAUCCCCGAUACAUACACAGCCAACACAUCCACUCAAAGCAUAGCUUCCGCUAAAUCAGUAAGAACUGGUGUUUCAAAGUCAGCACCUACUAAGAAAAUAAGCAAUACGGCUGCAGCAUUGGUUUCGCUACUAGAUGAAAAAGAUACUAAGAGGAAUAAUGCAGCUUCGGAACUCGCUAAUCCAUACUCUUCUUAUGUAAGCCAAAUACGCAAACAUAAGAGGGAUUCUCCAAAUGCUGUACCAAGGCAAGAGGACAGUCAAGAAUCUACGGUUAAGCCUUUACUUGAGAACGGUCCUGAACAAGUUGAAGAACCAAUGAAACAAGUUUACGUCACCAAAAUUUCACCAUCUGCGCCAAGCAAGGAUUCUUUUACUAAAUACAAACCUGCAAGGUCUUCAUCCUUACGCUCGAAUGUCGUGGUAGCUGAAACCUCCCCUGAAAAGAAGGAGAAUGUAGGUAAACCUCCAUCUUCUACUUUUAACUUUUCCUUUAAUACUCCAAAGAACGUUGAAGACACUGAAAAUGGAUAUAAGAACGAGAAUGCACCUUCUGCACCAUCAAAGGAAUUUAAUUUUUCCAACCUACAGACGAAGCCGUUAGUUGGAAAGCCAAUAACUGAACUUUCUAAAGGCGAUUCUACUCCGGUCAAAUCUGCUGACUUUUCGGUUACUCCUCAAAAAAGUACAUCGAAGAGCUUUGUUUUCAGCAGUGUCCAAAAGAAAUCACAGUUUAAUCUCUCGCAAGAAAGAGAUAACGAAGUUAAACAUAUGGACUCCUCAAUAUAUAAUGACUUUUCGAAAGAAGAGCCGGAAGAGUUUGAUUUUGAUGUUCCCGUGGAGUCUAAACAAGUAGGAAAUGACUUGGUUGAUGAAAAUAAAGUUGAGGCUUUCAGGUCUUUAUUCACUUUUUGA